AUGACUACAAAGGAGCACAAGCAGAAGCCGUGCAAACUAAUAGGCCCUAAGCCGCACAAAGAGGUGCCACGGAGCAUCAUCUCCACCGGCCGAGUCGGCACCAACAGAGACCUCCUGGGAUCUGACGGAGAAUUCUUCGGCACAGAUCCUGUGGCACUCGAGGUGCCCAUCGCCAACGGGAGAGAUGAGAAGCUGAACCUGGAUGAGAACGGCUUUUGCCUACUCCCGCACGGUUGGGCACACAUCGACUACUACGACAAUGAAAAGGUCAUCGAGACUUACUACAGUGAGUGUGAGGACAUCGUGCGCAAAGCAACAGGUGCAUCAAGGGCCCUGGCCUUUGAUCACAACAUUCGCGCAAAGCAGCGAAAGCAGGCUGGUGAUCGCCUUCGUGGCGGCAGCGCCGUUCAGGAGCCUCUGGUCAGCUACGGCAUCCACAACGUGGAAGGGCACUUUCUUUCGGGGGAGUUUGGGGGUGCGUCGCAGAGGCUCGGGUUUCGGGUUUCAAGUGAUCUUGGCUUGAACUCUGAUGCUUUCUGCCCAUUUGAGAUUUUCUCGCUUGGAGGUAUCCAACAGGUGCGUUUCGCCACCAUGGAUGGAAACGAUGAUCCCCAGAUGAGCCGAGAUGAGCUCUUCGACGUUGUCAGAGACGGGGACUUUGCCGAUGCCAAGAACGCUUUGGCAAAAUCCCACAUGUCCUGGCGACAUACAGCUUUACGUCAAAAUUUUCUUUUCUUCAUUGCGGCACGGCGCCGCCGGGGCUCCGAGCCAUUGGCGAGGCAGUGCAUUGCUAUGGGGGUUAAUCUGGAAGAGGUUGACCUGAAUGGUCAGACACCUCUUUUCUGGGCUGCAAAGCGCGGCAACUUGGUCAUGAUCAAGUUCCUCCUGAAUCUAGGCUUCUCUGUCAACUACCGAGACAAGACCAGGAAGACGGCGCUCUUCUUCGCCAUCGAGAACG